ACCAAGAAUACGAUUCAGCAUAUUGAUUUUUUACGGCCUCCCGCUGCCACUCACUCAAUCUCCAUAAUUUUCUCUCUCCUCCACAUCCACUCUUUCUGACCGCCGUUAGCACCGUCGUUGCUCCGCCUUCUAGCAGAGGAUGUCAAUUUCUACAAGUUCACCUUGCCACACUUUCAGCUUAGCAAAGUCACAAGAUCAUUUCAGAAGCAACCCACAAAAUCUCAGCUUAAUUCAGGUGAACCCAUUUCCUUACACUCUCCCAUUUCACUCUUGUUCAUCAAAAUUGUACAAGAAUUUUAGCAAGAAUAACAAACUGCUACAACCAACUAAUGCUUCAAUUACAAGUAGUAGCACUUCAACUGUAGAAAAAUCUCCCACAAACCAGGCAUUUAGAAGCAAAAAUCCAAAGGAUAUUAAUGUAUUGGUUGUGGGUUCAACUGGGUACAUUGGCAAAUUUGUUGUAAAAGAGUUGGUAAAAAGGGGUUUUAAUGUGAUUGCUGUUGCUAGAGAGAAAAGUGGGAUUAAGGGUAAGUAUGGUAAAGAAGAGACUCUUAGUCAAUUGAAUGGAGCUAAUGUGUGCUUCUCUGGGGUUACUGAUUUGGAUGAAUUGGAGAGAAAUUUGGAAAAUUUUGGGGUUGGUUCGAUUGAUGUGGUGGUGUCAUGCCUUGCGAGUCGAAAUGGGGGGAUUAAGGACUCGUGGUUGAUUGAUUAUGAGGCAACAAAGAACAGUCUAACUGCUGGAAGGAAAUUCGGGGCUGUUCACUUUGUGUUGCUUUCUGCAAUAUGUGUGCAAAAACCCCUUUUGGAGUUUCAGAGAGCCAAAUUGAAAUUCGAGGCGGAGUUGAUGCAGGAAGCUGAAAAAGAUGAGGGGUUUAGUUAUAGCAUUGUGAGGCCUACUGCGUUUUUCAAGAGUUUAGGAGGGCAAGUUGAGCUUGUGAAAGAUGGGAAGCCUUAUGUAAUGUUUGGGGAUGGGAAAUUGUGUGCUUGUAAACCAAUGAGUGAGCCUGAUUUAGCUUCGUUUAUUGUGGAUUCUGUCUUACAUGAGGAUAAGAUUAAUCAGGUUUUACCCAUUGGAGGGCCAGGAAAAGCACUUACCCCAUUAGAGCAGGGAGAAAUGUUGUUUAAACUCUUGGGGAAAGAGCCAAAGUUUAUCAAAGUUCCUAUUGAGAUCAUGGAUUUCGCAAUUGGUGUUCUUGAUUUUCUAGUUAAGGUGUUCCCUUCGUUGGAAGAUGCAGCGGAGUUUGGGAAAAUUGGGCGGUAUUAUGCUGCCGAGAGUAUGCUGGUUUUGGAUCCUGAGACUGGAGAUUACAGUGCUGAGAAAACUCCAAGCUAUGGAAGAGACACUUUGGAGGAGUUCUUCCAGAAGGUUCUUACGGAAGGUAUGGCUGGCCAAGAGUUGGGAGACCAGACAUUAAUCUAGUUGUUUCUUACCAUAUGUAUAACUAUAUUCAUUAUAUAUGUACAUCCUGUUCUUACCUUAUGUAUAACUAUAUGCAUUUGCAAUGAUAAAACAACGAGUGAGACUUUUUUGUA